ACUUCAAGUUUAGCAUUGCAGAUAUUUAUAUGUGAACAAAAGUUGUACUCUAAAGAACAACUAAACAUAUGAACCCUGGUGACUCAGAGGUCGAUGGCACUGAAGCUGAAAGAGGUGGCUUCAUGGGACAUCUCAUGUGUGACUUCUGCCGAAACCCACAUGUCUACCGAACAUGAUACCUGUCAUAUAUGUCUAAGGCAGCAUCCAGGACAUUCUGAAUACUGUAGAAAGUAUUAUGAGUUGGAGAUCCAUUUUCGCAGAGACCACAUGCUUGGUGAAGAUGAAGGCUGCCUUUUAAAAAAGUUCAUUGAAUUUGCAACUUAAUCUGAAAUGAGGAGACAUAAUGCCAUGGAACCUGGAGAACGCAUGUCUAUAUCCGAGCGUAAUGCUGUGUUGCAGAUACCUACAAGUUUCAGGUAUGAAAGAAGUACCAAGCAUGAGCCACAUCAAAGAGGACGCAAUUUCCAUUUAGAAUCAUUACGACAUUGAACUUUCCAGAGCAGUCCAAGCCAGCCUUGAGCAACUAAUGCUAAUAAUCAUGCUAGCCUAUCUGGUUUAGAAGUUUUACCCAAUAUUACACCCGCUGCUCUUUUUUGUGAUAAUUAAUCUGCCUUGCAUAUUGCCUCUAACCCGUUGACACCUGUUGCUGACUAGACAUGCCAACUGGCAAGUCUAAUGAAUUUCCUGCCCUAAAGUUAGUUAUGAGCUGCAGAAUAAGAGCAGAGGGGUUAGUUAGAAUGAGUGAGAUAGAAGAAUUAUAAUUUCUCUCCUAAACACUUCGGUCUUGUUUGGCAAUUAGUGAUUAGUGGUUAGCUGUUAGCGGAUUGAAUUAGCCAUUUUUACCAGCUGAUUGAAGUAGUUGUUUUGACUAGCUGAUUGAAUUAGCUGUUUCGGGUGAAAAUGUUUGGUAAAUAGCUAUUUGAUCAGGUUUUGGUAUUCUAACUAGACACAUGUCAAUCCUCUGAUCCAAAAAACUCCUCCAAGUAGCUUUUUGAAAAUAAGCCUUCUGAGUCCAAAAAGCUAUAUAAUCCACUAACUACCAAAUAUUAAUAUUAGCUUAUUCACAUAGUCAAACUUUUAAUAUGGCUCAAACCUCUAAUUUUUUACCAAACCUCUAACUUCCAAACAGGACCUUAUAUCUCUCAACUUUCACUCUAAAUCAAUCUCUCGUGUGAUAUCUCUACCUGAUGAUGUAAAAACAGUUUAUUUUUGAACUUUAAGCUCGAGUCAGAAGACAACUUGCUUUGUGUUUUUUUUUUGGUAAGAACUUGCUUUGUGUUUUGAUUGUUAAUAAAAUGAAGAUUAGCAGAUGAUCUAUUUCUGUGAUUUGUUGCAUAAUUGUGAACGUCUAGUUUGGAUGCCUUGAAGAUUGAUGGAGUUGGAUAUUGGUGGAGAGCCACAUUGACCACUUUUGAAAUUCAACCAAACUUAGUUUUCAGUGUAAUUUUGAAAUUCUUGGUUUAUAUUGUAUCAAUGUUCUUAAUAACCAUUCUGUGUACCAGGUUUUAUUCUAAAUUAUAUAUAUAAUUUAACAAUUUCUACUCGUCAAUUUAUCAAAUCAUAUUCCACCCAAAUACCGUUUAAAACAAAUUAGCAAGACUUUGAAUGAUGUGAGUUGGGACCAUCAACUUGACCAAACAAAGUCAAAGGCUCUAUUGUUUAUUUGUCAACGAUAUGUUGUCUCUGCACAUGUGAUAAUUAGAAUAAUGUGUUAUGAUCAUAUUAUAAUUAAUAUUUUACUUAUCAGAGUCAAUCAUAGUGUGUACCUGCUAUGUAUGAAUAAUGAUAUUUAAUCUCUACUCUUCACAUUGAGCUGCUGUAUUGCAAGUUGAUUAAUCAUCUUCAUCCUCCCAUUUGCUGUAUCCGAUGGCCUCAACAAGUUCUCAAACUCUACCCUCUAGCUGGGACGUUUUCUUGAGCUUCCGUGGCAUAGACACUCGAUAUAGUUUCACCAGUCAUUUGUAUUCUGCCCUGGAUCGCCAUAAUAUUCCAACAUAUAGAGAUGAUCCUGAGCUACGGUGUGGAGAAGUCAUCUCUGAUGCCUUGCUCAAAGCUAUUCAGGAAUCUAAGAUUUACGUUGUUGUCCUCUCUCAAAAUUAUGCUUCUUCGAGUUGGUGCCUUGACGAGCUGGUGGAGAUCCUCAAUUGUAACAAAGCAAUGCAAAGAUCGGUUAUUCCCGUGUUUUACAACAUUGAUCCAUCAGUUGUUCGAUACCAGAAAGGGGCCUUUGAACAAGAUUUUAAAAGGCAUGAAAUUAAAUUUACGGGUGAAAUGGAGAGAGUUGAGAAUUGGCGCCUUGCACUAAAACAAGUUGCCAAUAAUUCAGGGAAACAUGUAGACGGUAAAACGUCUGAAGCUGAUGUUGUCAAUGAAAUUGUUGACGAAAUUCUACUGCAAAUACAAUCCAUUGCUUUAGAUGUUGCCAGAUAUCCAGUGGGAUUGGAUUCCCGCCUUAAAGACUUGACUGCAUUGUUGAGCAGGGGGACAAAAGAUGUCAUCAUGAUCGGUAUAUAUGGUAUGGGUGGCAUAGGCAAAACAACUCUUGCCAAAGCACUUUUUAAUAAACUCUUGCCGGGAAGCUUUAAGGGAAGCUGCUUCCUCGCAAAUGUGAGGGAGAUUUUGGGGAAUUCAAAAGGUCUGGAGUCUUUGCAACAACAACUUGUUCACGAUGUUCUUAGAAUUAAGAACAGAGUUGAGGUUAACAGUGUUGACCAAGGAAUUAAGCUGAUAGAUCAAAAAAUAUGUUCAACAAAAAUUUUGGUUGUUAUCGAUGAUUUAGAGGACCAUCAAGAAUUUAAAUCACUGGUGAGGUCAUUUGCUCCUGGGAGUGUAGUUAUUAUAACUACAAGGGAUGAAGAGAUAUUGGAUAAAAUUGAAGUAGAAACUCAAAAUCGAUACAAGGUUAAUGUGCUGGGUGAUGCCGAGUCCGAGACACUAUUCUUCCAACAUGCAUUUGGAGAUGCUCAACCAAACAUUACUCUAAAGAUAUUGUCUAAAGACAUUCUACGUGUUGCUGGAGGGCUUCCCUUGGCUCUCGAGGUUUUCGGCUCGUCCUUGUAUAAGAAAUCCGAGGUUAGAUGGAAAUCAUACAUUGAGACACUGCAGCGAAGUCCCAACAGCCGUAUCCAACAAAAACUUAUAAUCAGCUUGGAAGCCUUGGAAUCAGAUGAUCCUCUGCUAAAGAAAAUGUUCCUUGACAUUGCUUGUCUUUUCAUCGGAUGGAACAAAGGAAAGGUGGUUGAAAUAUUAGAUACUUAUUAUUCCUACGCAGAUGAUAAGAUUGAUAUUCUCAAGAAAAGAUGUUUAUUAACGAUCAAUAAUAGAGAUGAAUUGCGAAUGCAUGAUCUGCUUCAGGAUAUGGGGAAGGAAAUCACGCAUAAUAACUCUCCUGACGAGCCUGGAAAGCAUAGUAGAUUAUGGGUACCAAAAGAAAUAUGCUCCGUGUUAAAGGAACACAAGGGAACAGAAGCCAUUGAAGGUAUCAUCUAUAGUGGACCUGAGGAGGAAGUACCGUUUUCUACGGAGACAUUAAGAAGAAUGAAUAAAUUAAGAUUUCUUUACUUAAAGCACAUUAAUCUCACCGGAGAGUUUAAAGGGACACUAGAAGAUUUGAGGUGGUUUUUCUGGAAUCACUGUCCUUUAAAGUGUUUACCUUUUGAUUUCUGCCUUGAAAAACUUGUUAUUCUUGAGUUGCCCAAUAGCAAAUUGACAGCAAUGUGGGAAGAAAAGAUGGUUUCAAAUGUUUUGGAGAAGCUAAAGACUCUAAUCACGCGGUUUUUCUUUGGUGUAACUACUACCCCAGAUUCCAGAAGACUACCGUGUCUCGAAAAUUUAAAGACUCUAAACAUGAGGUUUUCCAUAGAUUUAACUACCACGCCGGAUUUCACGAGACUGCCGCGCCUCGAAAAUUUAUAUCUUGAGGGCUGUAGAAGUUUGAAGGAGGUCCAUAUAUCAAUUGGAAGUUUGGUGAACCUUGUUUCCUUAAAUUUGAAGGGUUGUUUAAACCUAAGAAGUCUUCCGGAUACCAUUUGCGAGUUGAAAGCAUUGGAAGUUUUAUGUAUUGAUGGAUGUACAAGGCUAGAAGCAUUGCCAACACAAUUGGGGAACGUUAAAUCCCUAAUAGAGCUUAAUGCUUGCUGGCUACGUGUUCUGGAAUUACCAGAUUCGAUCGGAGAUCUUACUAAGCUUGUUAAGCUGAAAUUAGAUUAUAACGAGAAGCUUGAAUAUCUUCCAAACACCAUUUGCAACUUGAGAGCAUUGGAAGUUCUAAGUAUUAUGUAUUGCCCUAAAGUGGAAGCAUUACCUGUUGAACUGGGGAACAUUGAAUCUUUAAUAGAGCUCAGAGCCGGGGGAACAACCGUUUCGAAAUUACCUAACACCAUUUGCAACAUGAGAUUAUUGGAAAUUCUUGAUAUUUCUGAUUGUUAUAAACUAGACAGCUUGCCUGAUCAACUGUGGAAGCUUACAAACUUAUCCAUUGCAGAUCUUUCAGGUUGUGGUAAUCUGUUGUCCAUGGCAGAUCUUCCUCCUUAUCUGACACGCAUUUAUGCCCGUAACUGUUUGUCUUUGGAAAGAGUGAACGUAUCCAAUCUGAAACUGUUGAAGGAAUUGGACCUCACAGAUUGUUGUGCUUUAACAAAGAUUUUGGGCUUGGGGGAACUCACUUCUUUAUACGACCUGCAAUUGCGAGGUUGUCAUUCCUCUCUACUGGCACGCACUCUUACAAUGCAAUUAUUUCAGAUUUAUUGUGGUUUUGACCACGAAAUUGGUAUUGGGGUUGAGGUAGAAAAGAUUUUGGAGUUGAUGGAAGAUGACUUGGCAUAUGACAUUUCAUCCUCUGUGAAUCUGCAAGCAAAUUUGUCACACAAUUACUUGGGGAUGAUUCUCUGCUUUCCACCACGGAUUCAAGAAGUCUUUGAUGUUAAAGAAGUCUAUUAUACUGUUACGACAAAUUAUCAUUCAAUGGGCCAAAAGAUGCUAUGUGGAUCAAAUAUAGUAACAAUACCAAGAUCAAUAUUUCCACUCGCAGAUUUCAAUCAUACAAUCAAAGUUACAUCAAAUGCUGGCAGAGUUUGGUUUCAUCUACUGUACAAAAACGAGGAUGAUAACACCACUGUCAGACAGUGAUUUCAAGUAGAAGAUGCAGGUACCACUGUUUAAUGAACCUGAUUCGUUUUUAUACCACCUAGCCUGCAAGAUGUAUUUUUAUCAAGGCUUCUGUUUUCCAUGUAUUCGAAUACAGGAAGUACCUCUGAUCAUUUGUGACAGCAUCCAAGUAGACUGAUGAUUCGUGAUGAACAUUACUUAGGAGCCAAACUUCAGUCUCAAUAUCCAAAUUUCCUUUGCUUGAAGUUGUAGCAUCAACCACAUCUCCAUUAUGUUGUAUAUGCCGGUUCAUUGACAUAACAGUAUAAUGUCUGUAUUCAAUAUUUGUUGAUUGUAAGCCAAGAUGCAAAUUUUUUUUUAGUAA